AUGUACCGCAAAGAGAACAAUAGCGAGCAUAUCAACUACGAGCGCCCAAAAAAACCGCGCAGGUUUCCUAGGAUGGACAACCGACUGUCAACGCCUGUUGGCAGGACGGGCAGUCGCCUUAAGAACCCCGUGGGACCUGGGGCGGUGGGGGGGGGGGGGGGGGGGGCAAAUCCCUGGGGGUUCGACAGCCAGGAUCUGGCACCAUCGAACCUGAACCUUACCUUACCUUACCUUACCUUGUAUAAUCCGAUGUCUAUCUGCCUGAGGAAGGGGAGCGAUCAGAGCAAGAGCUGCGGGAGAGCGAUGAAGAAAGAACAUUCCUUCACAGCUUUGGACAGCCUUCUACGCACAAGAGCUGCCUGCAGGUGGCGAAGGCAAUGUCACUCUUCUUUCUGUACCCUAGAUUCGAAGGUCGGCAAUGUACCGGAAUAUGUAGGUGAGAAGUAA